AUGGACAACAAAAUGAAUGAUAUAAUAGUAGGAAAGACAUUUAAACUGACUAAGAAAGUCAGUUAAGGUGCAUUUGGUGAGGUUUUUCAUGGAAUUAACUUAAAUACUAAUAUGGAAGUUGCAGUCAAAUUAGAGCCAGCUAAAACGAAACACCCUCAACUUUUCUUUGAAGUUAAGCUGUAUUAAUAUUUGCAAAGAGAUGCAAACGUAGCCGAUAAAGGUAUCCCAAAUGUAUAUUACGCUGCUACUGAAAGAGAAUAUAACAUAAUGGUUAUGGAUUUGCUUGGUCCCUCUUUGGAAGAUUUAUUCAAUAUGUGCAAUAGAAAAUUUACAGUUAAAACAACUUUAAUGUUAGCAGAUUAACUUAUAUAAAGAGUUUCUUAUGUCCAUAGUAAACACUUCUUGCAUCGUGACAUCAAACCUGAUAAUUUCUUAAUUGGGACAGGAAAAAACGCCUAUAAAGUAUUUAUCAUUGAUUUUGGUUUAGCAAAAAGAUAUCUUAAGAAAGAUGGAAAACACAUAGAAUAUAAAGAAGGAAAGUCACUAACAGGAACUGCUAGAUAUGCUUCUCUUAACACUCAUUUAGGAAUAGAAUAAGGAAGAAGAGAUGAUUUAGAAAGUUUAGGAUAUAUGUUUAUGUAUUUUUUGAGAGGAUCUCUUCCUUGGCAAAAUUUAAAGGCUACAAAUAAAAAAGAUAAGUAUGAGAAGAUUAUGGAAAAGAAACUUUAAACUUAGGUAGAAGAACUUUGUAAAGGAUUUCCCUCAGAAUUUGCUACUUAUUUGGCUUAUACAAAGAACUUGAGAUUCGAUGAGAAGCCUGAUUACGAAUAUUUGAGAAAACUUUUUAAGGAUUUAUUUAAAAGACAAGGAUAUGAGUAAGACUACUAAUAUGAUUGGAAAUUGAUAGCAGAAAAGUAACAGAAUAACGGCUAAGGAUAGACACUUUUAUAAAAUUAUUAAAAUCAACCAUCAUUAUAAUAAUCAUCAAAUCUUCAAGGAGGUGGAGUUGCAAGAACAGAGACAAUGGCUUCUAAUCAAAAAUAAAUGGGUAACUCAAAAAUAGCAGAAAAAUAGCCAUAAAAAUAGUCAAGCUUCAAUGAGUAAAAUAAAGGAGAAAAUAAAUUAUAUGGAGGCGAUGAUAAAAAAUUCUGA